UGGUAGUGUAGUAGCACUAGUUGUAAAUUUGUUUGUAUCUGUCUGGCUUGUGAGUUGGUUGUGUAGUUACUUUAUAGUUGUAUACUAUUUUAUUUUGUGAAUAUAAUAACUAGGGACUACUAGAGAGCGUUCAUACUUCAUAUAAAAGUAAUAGAUUUAGGUGAUCAACCAUGGCCCAAAAUAAUGAUGUACCACCGAAGGAGCGAUAUAUCCCUAAUGGCUUAAAAUUCGCUUUUGGUGGUCUCGCGGGCAUGGCUGCAACGUGUGUAGUGCAGCCUUUGGACUUGAUAAAAACAAGAAUGCAGCUAAGCGGAAGUGGGAGAACUUCUUUUGCUGUUGCCGGGGAGAUUGUGGCCCGAGAAGGCUUCUUUUCACUAUAUGCAGGCCUCUCGGCAGGCCUCCUACGACAAGCAACAUAUACUACAACAAGAUUAGGGGUUUAUAAUAUUUUAUUUGACUCUUAUAAAGAACGCAACGCGGGGACCGCACCAGGUUUCGGCAUCAAGACGUUAUUGGGUGUGGCUGCGGGCUCCAUCGGCGCGUUCGUGGGCACCCCAGCCGAGGUGGCUCUCAUCAGGAUGACGGCAGACGGGAGACUGCCCAAAGAACAGAGGAGGAACUAUAAGAACGUCGCUGAUGCUUUGGUGAGAAUAGUGAGAGAAGAAGGCGUUUUAAAGUUAUGGCGAGGGGCCACUCCCACAGUGGGGCGCGCCAUGGUGGUCAACGCUGCCCAACUCAGCACAUACUCACAGGCACGAGAGGCAUUUGUGUCGUACGUGCCGGACGGCAUCGCGCUGCACUUCUGCGCGUCCAUGGUGUCCGGCCUCGUCACCACCAUCGCGUCCAUGCCUGUGGACAUCAUCAAAACCAGAAUCCAAAACGCGGCAAAAGGCGAAGGUCAGCUGGCCGUGGUGUCUAACCUCCUGCGCAACGAAGGGGUAUUGUCACUAUGGAAAGGAUUCCUCCCAUACUACGCUCGUCUCGGACCGCACACUGUCCUUACGUUCAUUUUCUUAGAACAAAUGAACUCUGCUUACUUUAAAUUCACGUAAUGUGUAUUUUUUUAAAUUACCCACUUCAGAUUCAGGCGUCCAGUCCAAUUUCCUACUGUCAAUGUCAAUUUGACACUUAACGAAUCUGACAGUUAUUGGACAGCCAGCGCGAUCUGGUGGCAGAAAUUCGACUGCGUUAUAUGGGCAUUUGAAUUCGGUCGAGCUAUUUAAGGUGCUCAUUCACCGGGAGCAUUUGUCAAGAUUAGGGUUCAGCAUAAAUUAUGCCUAAACACAUUAAUUUUGGACACAUACAUACCUGUCGUUUACCUGCACCUAUGCACCUGGUGAAUGAUCGCCUUUAUAAAGGUUAUUUUGAGUCUAGAAUAUAGUUAUCAAAUAGUUGAAAGUGUACGCUAAUGUUGUGAUACAUUCUUACCAAUAGAUAGGAGAUAUAGCGUUGGUAUAUUGUGUUAGAAAAUUGGGCUCAAAAUUAAAUCUUUUAUGACAUGUUGUACAUAAAUAUGAUUUUUAUGAGCAUAUCUCUGCAAUAGUAAUUAAAUGUAGUGAUCACAUUGUUAUAUGGUCUUAAAUCGGUUAUAUAAAAAAAAACUAAUGUAUGUAUGUAACAUGGGAACAAAUCUGAUGAUGUUAUCGUCCAAGUGACACACAUAAGAGCCAUGCCCCAUUGCUCAGUUGCGCCCCGUUGUAGGUCCGUCGUGCUUGGUUGUUUUCUACGUGCGUGUUCGGGGCAUAGCUCUUUAAGAAUUGUUUGUUCGUGUGCCCAAGAAUUUUGUUUUAACAAUGGCAGUUUGUAGUCUACAAAGGCUAUAUACAAGGCAAGAACACUACGAUUGGGCUGAAUUUGCUUUCUUACACAAAUAACUUAUUAUUUAUUGAAUGUGAUUGAGAUUUUAUUGUAAACAAAUUGAAAUAAAUAUUCUCAAAAUUGAAUGAAUUUAUUAGACAAUGUAUACUUUGACUAGAUUAAGUAAUAACUAAGCGAAUGUUACUUUCGUAUGAAAAGGUAUGUGACAUUGUAAAUAUUUUACAUUUAUAAUUCUUAAUAUAUUACAAUGAAAUUAAUAUUUGUGCCAAAUGAAUUACAUUCGAUUUUGGGUUAUUUAAUGGAAAAUCUCAUACAUUUUUGAUUUCUUUUGUUGUUCAUAUUUAUAACUUUAUCAAUGCCUAUAAUGAUUCCGAUGUACGCUUAAAAUGUUAUUUUUCUAUGUUUAUUUAUGCAAUUUACCUCAAAUGUAUGUUCCAAUUUUUUAACUUAAUUUAAGUGAAAAUCCUAUUUUAUCUCGUAAAAGAAACUCAACUUUAUGGGGUGAAUUUCGUAACUUGAUGAAAAUAAAACGCGAAAUAUUACGAAUACUAUUUUGUGAACCUGUUUUUUUGAAAUAUCAUAUAUAAGUGAUAAUAUUCACAACAAAUGACAGAAUAUAAAAUCAGGGGUCAUUGCACUGAAUUCCUACUUCCAAUGGAAUGGUCUAUAGCUUAACUUCUUUUUUGAAAUGUUUACAUUAUUAGGCAUUAAUUUUUCACCUCAUUACUUGGCAUUAUCUUAAAAAGUAACAUAUAAAAAAUAAUGCGAAGAAUUGGGGUAAAAAGCUUUUGCUGAAGAUUUUUGAGUUUUUUUGGCGAUGUGUGUUUAGUCGCUUCAAAGCCAAAGCAUUCGGGUCAAUUUGUAUAUUUUUCGGUGUGUGUUAAAUUGAAGUGAAAAGUAUUUCAUUAAAUCAAAAUCUUUUAAAAUUUUGUAAAAGAUCCACUAAUAAUAUACCUCUACUUUGACACACCGUUUGACAAAUUGUGUAUGAAUUUCACGAAGUGGUGGUGUAACAGAACUGUUACCAUUAAUUAACUUUGUAUACAUUUAUCACAGAUAUAUUUAUUGCUUCCUCUGUAUGUGUUUUCUUCGUGCAAUAAAUAGUUUACAAACAAACAAGAACAUUACUUUGUAAUGUUUUUAUAUCAGUGACAUUUAUGGAAUACUAUUGUGAUAUUUAACAAAAACAUCCUUGUCAAAAUCUUAGCACACCUUGGUUAUGGUUAGAUCAUUUCUUACAAUUUUAGAGGCUUUCCUCUGUUUGUUCAGAAGUGGGAUUUAAAUUAUAACAUCUUUAUCUGGAUUGAAUUUAAGUUUGUCGUUAUGAAAUUUUUAUAUUUUGAAAUUAUCUUUAUUUUUUUGUUAAAUAUCGUGCUCAUAUGCGAUGUGACGAUACGAAGUAUAUUAAAUAUAUAUAUAUUUUUUACUUCAUAGGAGCAUUUGUGACUAACUGCGAGUUGUAACACUGUUGUUGAACGUUAUUAAAAAAAUAUAUUAUAA